UUAGAACAAUUGUUUACAUGGCUUUUCAGUUUUUCCAAGUUUAUAAUUUGCCACAAAAGUGGUGAUAAAAAUGUUUACCCGAUUAUCAUUAUUUACGAUAAUUAAGGCCUCUGCAUGUUAUUUUCCCUAGGCUAUGUGUUUUGGGUAAUAUCAUGUAUUUUUUUAAAGGAAUAUAAGGUUACCAUGGUAAUGUUUGGAGUAACAGAACAUGAUUAUUACUGGCACAACAUUCUCAUACGAAAUAGCCAUCACUACAUGCAUCACAGCCAUUGUUAGUGGGGGUGGACACGUUUUUUUCAUAAAGUCCGUAUGAAGAACACGGCGAGGGGGCGGAGUCUCCCAGCUGUAGUCUCUCUCCAGUAGUCUAGUGUGCGGAGGAAGGUAGCGCACUCCAGGGAGCUGCGCUGAGCUCAUUGAGACACGGACGCAGGCGGCAGCAGCGAGAGCCACCAUCAGCAUCAAACACAAACCCGCUGUACGGGGCUCGGCAGCCAGCCCCCCGUCCCUCCGUCUCUCCGUGCCCAGCCAUGAAACAGACGCUUCUGGACCUCAUGAGGAUGAGUAGGAUCUGCCGGAUGGUGCUGGCCACUUGUUUAGGAUCUUUUAUUCUGGUCAUCUUCUACUUCCAAAGUAUGUUCCAACCAGUCAUGAGGCGGAACCCAUUCGCAGUGGAGGGAUGCUGUCGGAAAGGCUCAAGAAACGCCUUGCAGGAGCUGUACAACCCUACGCAGGCCGAGUUCUCCGCGGCGGCGGUGUUGCAUCAGGCCCGGCGAGAUCAGGUAGCGGACACAUGUCGUGCCCACAGCGCGUCCAGUCGCAAGAGACGCGUCCUGACCCCCAACGACCUCAAACACCUGGUGGUGGACGAGGAGCACGAGCUCAUCUACUGCUAUGUGCCCAAAGUGGCCUGCACCAACUGGAAGAGGGUCAUGAUGGUGCUGAGCGGCCGGGGGAAGUACAGUGACCCGAUGGAGAUUCCGUCCAACGAGGCCCACGUCCCCUCCAACCUCAAGACCCUCAACCAGUACAGCAUCCCCGACAUCAACCACCGCCUCAAGAGCUACAUCAAGUUCCUCUUCGUGCGCGAGCCCUUCGAGAGGUUGGUGUCCGCUUACCGCAACAAGUUCACGCUGCGCUACAACACCUCCUUCCACAAGCGCUACGGGACGAAGAUCGUGAGGCGCUACCGUAAGAACGCCACGGCCGAGGCGCUGCAGAGCGGCACCGACGUCAAGUUCCAAGAAUUCGCAGACUACCUGGUGGACCCGGCGACGCAAAGAGAAGCUCCGCUGAACGAACACUGGCAGACGGUUUACUCGCUCUGCCACCCCUGCCACAUCCACUACGACCUGGUGGGCAAAUACGAGACUCUGGAAGAAGACGCCAACUACGUGUUGAAGCUGGCGGGGGUGGGCGACUCGUUGCGCUUCCCGACGUACGCCAAAUCCACCCGCACCACCGACCAAAUGGCAGCGACGUUUUUCAACAACAUCAGUUUGCAGCAGCAGGGUCAACUUUACCAACUUUACAAACUGGACUUUCUAAUGUUCAACUACUCCACUCCCAGCUACCUGAAACUGCAAUAAACACGAACACGGUUGCGCGCACAUGCUCGGAGCUCUGGACGCAUUCGAGCAAUGGGAGAAAGACAGUGGCAGUCUCCACACAGGCGGGGGAUCGACCAAACACGAAAUGUAAAAUUGUAUUUAAAUCCGCAUGGACGGUGGCUUUAUUUCGAGAAAAUCAAGGAGCUGUCGGUCAACUGCGAAUAAGGGACAAGUGUGAAGUAUUAUUUGCAGGUUUCUUGGGAGACUGAGGUCUUAUGAAGUCCUAUAUUCUGAAACGUUUGUCCAUUGAAUUGUAAAACAGUACAAGCUCCUAUUCCCAACCAUCAAAAGCAAUACGACAGAUUCCGAGCCACACCUGCUCGACCGGUUCGUCUAUUAAUAUACUCGACCAGCCACCCUUACUAUUGAAGUUUAACAGAAAGGAGCGCCUCGAGAACGUACGCCGUAAUAUAUAAUCAAACUUCCCACUUUUAAUUUAGUGUUCCCUUUGGAAGUUCCCUCCACACUUCACUCCCGUUUUUAAGAUGGCCUUUGUAUGUGUGUAUUUAUACUGUGCAUAUUUAAAGCAAGGCUUUGUAUGCACACUAAAAUAACAACGACAAAAAGGCACUGAAUCGUGCCUUGCUGGAGGGGCGUGCCCAAAUGUGAUUGACAGGCAGCGGCUCACCCCACCGGGCGGGAGGUCGCACGGGUUGAAGCUUGGCCCUCCUCCCUCUGUCGAUUCUCAGUAAAUCUAAGGUGUACGGUUGUUUUGUUUUGUUCAUGUUCGUUGUCUUACGAGAAAGUGGCUGCGAGCAGCACAAUGUAAUAUUAUUUGAAUGAUUGUGUGUGAAAUAGAGAUUUAAUAUUUUGUUUGCAGGGACGGAAAGCAGCUUAGAGGUAGAGAUUUUAUACGAUUUCAUUUUCACAUUUUUUUCCGCCUCUCAUGCAAAGUCAAGUUGUUUUGUGAGGGGUGUACGAAAACGGGCCGGACUUGGUUUUCUGAGCCGAAAAUAAUAGAGAAAUGUGUUCCUUUCUUUGGAUGAUUGAUUAUGUACAAUAUAUUUCUCAGUCUGAGUAGUUCAAAGGAACAUUCUUUAAUGUCGUUCUACUAUUUUUUUAUUUGCUUUGACGUUGCAUUUAAAUGAUUAAAUGCCUUAUUUAUAUAUGUGAUCGCCAUUAGCAGAAUGUCCAAGUUCUUGUCUGCCUUUGUCCCUCAGAGGUGGUCCAGGGUAACAGCUGAAGGUUUUUGACAUCUCUCUCUCUCUCUCUCUCUCUCUCGCUUUUAAAAAGUAAAUCCAUGGUUUUUUUGGCCUCAGUAAGUGAGUGCUGAUUAACUGCAUUUUAGGCCUUGUAGAUCAGGGUCGGUUUAAAAGACCACACAAACACACAUGCACUUUAAAACCCCGUGGCAGCCCCUUUGAAGUCAAACGUGGCAAAACGCUGGGGAGAAGGAAAAAACCCUCGGUAAAAACCAGACUCUCGCUCUAUUCCUCCCGUUCUUUGCUCAUUGCUUUUAAAAUAAAAUUGCAAUUUAAAUGCUACAAGUUUUUUAAUGAAUUAUUAAAUAUUUAAUAUUAUAAUAAUAUUAAUUUAAUAUCAUAAAAUAUUUAAUGUGAGUAUGAAUCUGACAGAGAUAAGAGGUAAAAGGUUUAGAAAUGGAAUAAUACACUCAAAAAUGAUUUUUGUCCUGAUUUCUCAACUGCAUGUUGAUACAAACCCAUGUGACUUUUCAAUGAACGUGAAUAAAGGCUUUUGUGUUUCACGAAAGAAAGAGCGUCAGACAGGUUUCACCGCAGAACUGAAACAGAGAUUAAGCAACAAAUACAACGUGCAAGAUUAACAUGCAAGAGAUUUCUAUCGCUUGCUGUCUUAACGUGUUGCGCGUCGUAAGAAUGCCUUGUAAACAAUUGAAUUCCUAAAAGCUUGACUGUGUUUCCGACAGAUAAAUCCCUGUUAUCUUCCAUUCAAAGCCCCGCUCUCCAUCUCAGUCAGUACAGGAAAUGAGUCUCUAACAAAACGGAUCACUUGAUGUCUUAUCUUGAAUUUAAAUCACCGGCUCAGAAAACAAAGUUUGCCCGGGGGCUCGCGCCUUUUUCCAAAACACUUGAAAUGAGUUUGAUUUCAUAAGAAACAUGGUAACAGCCUCAUUAGCACCCGUGUGAUCAGACACAGUUUUUUGAAAACUGUCAGUAUCAUAAAAUACAGUUUACCAAACAGCUUACUUUCAUACAUGACAGUACCUUUAUGCACUCACACACGCUCACGCACACGCACACACACACAUGCACACACAUACGCACACACACACACACUGUACUUAAUUACACACUAUGGUUCACCAUCCACUCAUAGAGCACAAUCACAUGUUCUGCCUGUCGCUCUAUGUGCCUAUGGUAUAAUCAGUGUCUGCAUUUAUUUAUUGCUGUCGUACACCCCUCAUGCUAAACGUAUGCAGCCUGGGUUCUGUGAGUGUUUCUAGAAGUGGUUUCCGCGUGAAUGCACUUGAAUGCUUUUUUGGAGGCUCCGUUCACAAACAUUCUCCAGUCUAAUUUAUUUAUGAAGUCCUCUACGGCGACACACACUUCCUCAGUAUUCAAGAGGGACUGUGCGGGGUCAUCGGGUCGGACCCUUGCACUGUAAAUGGGAAAAAGACAAACCAAGUGUACUCUGAUCAAUGAGCUCUCUCUCUCUCUCUGAAUCUGUUUUCUCAAUAAAGCUGAAACGAAAACCCUAGAGGUCAAUUUCUCCGUCUCUGUUUUCACAUAAUCAUUCAAACGGAACCGAAGUCUUGUCACUCGUAAAACUGAUCUUUUCAACGCAACCGACUGCAUUUCCAGCCUCUCUAGUAAAACAUCAAAUCUUUCUUUAGAUUCACACCUGGGUUCUGAAGGCUCUUCAUCCUGCCCUUUCCACAUCUUUUCAGAUUGAAGAAUUUGUUAAAGACCUCGUGAAAUGCCUUUACGAGCAUAUUUUUCCGUCCAGUGUUGAUGUUUCCUAAACUAUAUGUUUGGGUGGGAAGCGCACAUGCUUAAGGGACAGUUCACCCUAAAAUAAAUUCUGUCAUCAUUUAUACACCCUCAGGUCAUUUAAAACUCGUCUGGGACUCUUUCUUCUGUGGAACACAAAAGAAGAUAUUUUGAGAAAUGUCUCUCAAAAUGUUUUUUUGUCCAUACAAUGGAAUUCAAUGGGGGCCAAUGUUGUUUGGUUACCAACAUUCUUCAAAAUAUCUUCUUUUGUGUUCUGCAGAAGAAAGAAAGUCAUACAGGUUUGACAUGACGUGAGGGUGGGUAAAUAAUGAUAGAAUUUUCAUUUUUGGGGAACUGUCCCUUUAAAUAAGCUUUAGUCAAAGCCAUACCUGUUAUUAGAAAGAGUGACAGUAUCAUUCUAGAGAGCAUUGGAUGGACGAAACAUAUUGUAUGUAAUAUAAUAGCAUACAGAGAACUGUAUAGUCGGCAAUACGCAAACUGAAAGCCACAAAGUUACAUUUUAACUUUGAAUGAAAGGUUUCUCUAAUUCCCUGGGAUUUCCUGGUCCUCAUCCAAAAUAUGCAGAGGCUGAGUGCAAACCUUCACCUUCAGUUUAGCAAAGUUGAAGUUUUCUGUUGGCUUAUUGUGCAGUUUAUAAAUCCAAUUACAGUUUCUUUAGCUUAUCUGGUAAAGCACGGUGCCAGUAACGCAAGGUCAUGGGUUUAAGUCUCAGGAAACACUCUUACUGAUAAUGCCAGCUGCCUUUAAGUGGCCGUCUAAUAAACUAAUGUAAACUUGAUUAUCAAGGCCAAAAGAUAUAGCCGUAUUCUGCUGUGCAGUCCCUAAACUAACUAACUGUUUGUUCAUUGACAGUCUGAUGCACAGGCAGGGGCGGACUGGGAAGCAAAAACGGCCCUGGA